AUGGAGAAGUCCAAUGCAACUGGGUUGAUUUCCGCCGUCGUCAAAGCCGCGACAGAUGGCCCCGGGGCCGUCAAUAGCAGCACACCACACCCCAGGAUACCAGGGCCCGGCGACCGCCCUGUCCAGCAUCCUAUGGUUUCAGUAUACAUCAUAAUAGUCGCGGUGGUCAUUGUGUUUACGCUUCUCAUAUGGCGUGGUGUCCACGAAAGUCUGAUGGCGGCACGUGCUAGACGGCUCAUCCCCAAUGAUCCGGAGCACACCCAUAAGACAACUAGUUUGUGGAUCAGGCUGGUCAGGCUCGCCUGGACUGGUGUCAAGGCUCUCUUCAUGUCUUUCCUCAACAUCUUUACCAAGACAUUUUGGAAGGAUAUGUGGAGCGACACGAAGAGGACCUUCUCUCCCCUGUCUUCAUGUGGCAUCUGUCUAAAUGCUUAUUUUUGCGGGCUCGUCUGCAACCCAGACACGGACGACGAUGUUACCAUGCCGGUCACAGAGUGGGACAGCGCUGUCGUCGCCCAAAGCUCCAUGACCAUGCCCAAGACGUCGACUGUCCAGCGACCCCUCCCUACAGUUGUCGUCGAGGAAAUGGUCUGA